CUGACUUGCCACGGAUGGAAGCCCAUGACAAAUUCUGCAUUAGAUAGGCUUCAGUACUGUACUGUAUGUGGUUACGUAAGAUAAGUUUCUUCUAUGUGGCAGUAGAGACACCAAAAGGCUUCAUAAACCAGAAGAGGAUCUCACAGUCUUCACAAGACCGAGUGGAAGAAUCACCAUUGGCUUCAUAGCAUAACCUUCAUGAAAUGGCAACCGAAAAAGUCUUCAGAGCAAGAAUCAACAGGCGCAGGAUACGAGAGUUGUUCCUUGAUGGAGAAUACAUUAGCAUACAAGAUCUGAAAGACAGAGAUGAUAUAAGACUAGAACAAAAAGUACAAAAAUAUCUUUCCAAAGACAUCUCAGAUUAUCCAAGUCCUGUUGAAUUUCACAUCACAGAAGUGGCUCAUGUCACUAACAAGACAAGCCUUGAGGACAUCUGGGAGUCAGAGGGAUUCAUGGGUCUUAACAGAGAGUCAUUAUCAUGGUGGAGCCUGAAGAUCAAUGAAGUGGAUAUAAGAGCAGCUGAAGAGCGUUUCCUCGAGAAAUUGUUCCCAGACAUAACCAAAGAAGAAAAAACAGCUCAUCCGCCAUUCCUGAGUGAAUUCACUACAUCACCCUUGUUCCUGAAUGAAACCUCACGCUACGGCAACUUCCGCUUUACGUUUCCUCUGACUGAACUGAUGGAAGCCUACAAGAAGCAGAAAUGUGAGGGUCAAGAGCCCAUUCUCCGAAUAUAUGAGACCAAACUUUUCAAGCAGGAGAUUGAGUAUGUUGUUCUUGUUCACAGCCCUGAGUUCAAUGAGAUGUUCGUUCAAUUUCCACUGCUUACAUCAAGCCCAUUGGUUGCUUAUGAUGGACAUCAAAUCAUCUGGAAAGCCCAAGCUAUUUGUGAAACUCACAACUUCCGACUGGCAAUCUGUGGAAACAAAGCAGUGGCCCAAUCCAAGUAUCCAUUUCAGUUUUAUGUGUGGGAUCAGGUUAGUCUUGCCUUUCACACCAGUGAGGUCCUGACCUUCCCUAAAAGAAAGCUUAAAGCAAGCCUCAGUUGCUGUGAACAGGAUCUAAAUAUAAACCUUUCAAAUGGGCAAAACUGCGCUUCCCUUGAUGAAGCUAAGAAAUGCAUAGAAAGCUUGCAAGAUGAUGAUGAUGAAAAAGAAGAUGAAAAAGAAGAACAUAAAUCCGUAGACGUGAAAAUGGAAGUGGACUAGAGGUGUGCAAGUUCUGCAAGAACUUUCAGUUCUGUUGCCUUGUAGCAUUUUGCCCUUCCUGCCAAGCAGCUUGAUCAUAAAUAAAUAAAAGGUGGAGGGUACAUUUUAUUUUUAUUAUUAUUAUUUUAUCAUUAUUUACACUGAUAAUACAGCAUGUUUAUCUAAUGCUCUGUUGUUCUUUAACCAAUAUAGCCACAAAAAUUAAGAUUAAGAUUUUAUUUUGUAUUUUACUGCUGCCGCUUACACAGCUUGCCUUGCGACUUUUGUCUGUGCAAUGAUAGUUGUGUCAAUAAAGC